AUGAGUUCUUUACCGUCGCAUGUACGCAUUUUUGUUCGCACGAGGCCUACGGACUUUAUCGCGGACGACGUCAACAUUCAGCCAAAUGGGACGCUGUACAUCACAAGACGAAUGAAGGCAGGCAUCACGGCAGCUCAGCACACACACAAAAAAAACGGAACAUCGAGUAGCUCUGCCUUUGCCGGCGGCGAUGGUGAUGGUACCCUGUCGUCAUUGACCUCUGAGGCGGCUGGGGCCUCUUCCCAGGAGAAACUGGCGUUCACAUUUGAUGCGGUGCUGCACAACGCCUCGCAGGAGGCGGUGUACGACGCGACCGCCUCCGAGUUGGUGGAGUCGCUGCUGCAGGGCUUGAACUGCACACUUCUUUGCUAUGGCCAGAGCGGAUCAGGGAAGACGUACACGCUGUUUGGCGGCAACACGUACACCACACGUGGGUGCGUUCCGCGUGCCGUGCACUCCAUGUUUGAAUCCAUGGCGGAGUCAACGGACCACGAGUUCAAGGUGCACCUCACGUUUGUUGAGGUCCACGGGGAUCAAUUGUUUGAUCUGCUCGGAAAGGGGCCCGCCGCUUCCGUGAGGCCAGGCGGUAAAAACAAUGCGGCUGAAAAAGUUGUUGUGACGCUUGACAGCAACGGCGAUGUUGUGCUGCGCGGGGUGGAGGAGCGGCAAUGUGCCAAUGAAGGCGAGGCCCUGGCGGCUAUGUUUGAGGGCCUGCAGCGACGCAUGAGUAGGCCGAACUCAUUCAGCCCGCAGAGCUCAUACUCGCAUGCCGUACUGACGUUUCAUGUAUUGAGCAAGAGUCUGGUAGACAGUGACGCUCUCGUCCAUCAUUCUCGAUUUAAUUUUGUGGAUUUGGCCGGGAUUCAGCGACCCGCCCCGCUGGCAGACGAGGCUGCGAGGCAAGAGGCAAAGAUCAUCAAUCGCUCCAUUAUGAUGUUUGAACAGGUCGUCCUGGCACUCUCUGGCCCUCAGCCUCGCCACGUGCCGUACCGCCAAAGCAAACUUACCAUGUUACUGAAGGACUCUAUUGGUGGCACCAGCAGAACGACCCUCAUUGCAAACAUAUGGCCCGAGGAUCGUCAUAAAGAGUUGACCUUAGCAACGUUAAACUUCGCCAAGCGUCUGGUGAGGAUUGAGUCACAUCCCGCUGUGAACACCUCCACGGACCCAGAGGCACAAAUCAGGAUGCUCCGGAGGCAGGUGACCAGCCUAAAGUCCGAGUUACGUAUGCAGGAUCAACUGGCUGGUCGUGGGGCGGUCCCUACCGCGCCCCUGGAAGCCGAUGAAAUCCAAAAUGCGCGGGAGCUGGUCAUGGCUUUUGUUUCUGGCUCAACACCACAGGUGCGUGUGGGUUCUGUGCGGGAGAUGCAUGCCUGUUUUCUGGUCUUCAAGAACCUUUUGGGCGAGUGUGAGGCACAGCUGAGAGAGUCGCAGGUGCAGCGGGAAUUAUCGCCUCGCCAGGGUAGUGCCACCAGUAUGAAGAGCGUGAAGCGAAAAGGGGGUUUGAGGCAGCACGGCUCCUCCGAGUACAAGGAAAAUACCAGGUACGUGAGCAGUGUCGAGGAUGCUGCGGCGGGUGUGGGCAUGGGCACGAUAGAACGACUAAGCCCUGUCAUUCGGGAAGUGUUUUUUCAGCGUCAGCGCAGCUGCUCGAACGCCGGUCCGACGGGGCUGUUGGGGGCGAGGGAUAUGGGCGGCGAUGGGCAAACCCCGGGCCACACACCCACACCUCCAGUCGCCACAAACACCACGGCCCCCAACAACAUUACGGCGGCUGGAGUCGCUGCUUCUACAUUCCCUACUGCCGGGGCCACCACCCGUGCUAAGGCGGCUGCAUUGCCGCUCCCAGAUGGCGAGAAGAUGAAAAUACAGGCCCAUUCAAAACGUCAAUCCUCCUCUCCCCCGACUGAAAAACUAAAAACCAGCCUUCCACCUCUUGAGUGCGAAAAAGCCACAACGACUGUGUCCUCUUCCAGGUUUUUGGGAAUGCAGGAUAACGCGAUUCGUGACAGACGAACGGCAUUUGAGGCAUAUAAGCGCACAAGCGGGGGAGCUUGCCAGUUGGAGGCCAUAGAGAAUGCUCGAAAACUUGUAGCAGAGAAGAAAGAAAACAUAUUGCAGCUCCAAAAACGAGUGAAAGAGAUUAGGUUAAGCAUGGAGGAAAGUAAGAAGUCUGAAGGGUCUCAAACCCCCGUCAUGGAAGAAAAUGCGAUUGCAAGGCAUGCGUCCGUAGAUGCGACACACUCAUCCUACGCGUUAUUUGAAGGAAGUCACAGCGCGACUGAGAAUAAUGUGAAUUUUUCCGAGUAUUUUUCUACGUCACCCGUGGAAAACCUCCCUCACAUGACGUUAGCAGAGCGGAAGGCUUUUUUGAACCUUUCAAAAAAUGCUCUGACGAGGGCCGUGAUGGAAAGUGGAGUUCUUGAGAGGCGGUUCAACCGGCUAUGUGAUGCAUUUAUGAGCAACUUUCAGUUCUGGCACCAAUCCCAACUCCAGCCGCAGUUUCUGACGCCAGAAGAGGGGGCGGCGGCAGAAACAACUAAUUUGAACGCCAAUUAUUCCUCGAGGGAAAAUAACUCUUUUCAGAUCAGCGUUCCACGCGUCAUGGCAAAGGGGGAGGGUGAGACGCGGUUUGUUGACGCUGCGGAGCGCCUGGAGACUCAGAACAUGCAGCAGCAGCAGCAGCAGCAGGAGGAGGAGGCUCUAGAAAGCGCGGUAUUCUACGCCGCAAAGAGACUUGCGAGAAGGGGGUUUCAGUUGCGUGAGUAA